AUGUUUCAGACGGCGGCAUCACUCUGCGUUCCGCAAACCUUCCAUUCACCGAGUAUCUUUGGGUUGCAGACCGUGUCCAUUCAGGCCAGCGUCGUCAGCAGCAAUGUGACGGUAGACAUUCCACCAGGUGGCAUUGUCGGUCAAGCAGCGACCAAUGUCACCAACCUGUCUUUCUGUAAUGUCAGCGUGGCGACAACACAUCCUGGCUGGGGCGAUCUCAUCAACACGGAGGUCUGGCUGCCGCUUCGAGGAUGGAACGAACGCAUCCAGAUGACGGGCGGCGGAGGCCUUGCCACGGGGCUCAUGGCUCCCAACUUUGCCAUGAUCGGCGCCGUCAAAGACGACUACGUUGCCGUGGGCACAGACGGCGGCCAUGACAGCGAUGACCCGGGCAGUUGGGGUCUGGCCAGUCCGGGCAAUGUCAACCUUUACAAGCUCCUGGACUACUCGACACCCGCAUUGCACGAAGCAAUCGUGAUUGGCAAGGCCAUUACCAAUGACUUCUACGGACGACACGCCUCCUUCUCCUAUUUCGUGGGCUGUUCGACCGGGGGUCGUCAAGGGCUGAUGUAUGCUCAGGACUUUCCACAGGAUUUUGACGGCAUCAUCGCAGCCGCGCCCGGGAUCAACUACAACAGGGCCAUUCUUCAACUCUUCUACCCUCUCAUCCGUCUGAAGGACUACGGUACAAUCCCUGCACCGUGUGAGCUCACGGCUUUGACCGCGGCAGCUGUUGAGGAAUGCGAUCCAAAAGACAACGUUACAGAUGGUAUCAUAUCGGCCCCUGAGCUUUGCACCUUUGACCCCUUUUCAUUGGUGGGACACCGUAUCAACUGCAGCGGCGUCGAGUCUGAAAUCUCCUAUGCCGCCGCAUUUGCAGCCAACGAGACCUGGAGCGUCACAGUCGAAAAUUCGACCACACUUUGGCUAGGCCUGGGCCAUCAGGCGGAUCUAAGUGGCCUCGUCAACACAACCUGCGACAAUUCAGGGCACUGCGUGGGCGUGCCCUUUUCUCCUUUGACACAAUGGUUGACCUAUUUUGUGGAAAAAGACCCGGCCUAUGAUUGGAAUCAAUUUACCGUACAGGACAUGUCGGCCUUCCUCAACGGACCGGACAACAAGCUGUACGACGGCUUUCUGGCCACGAAUAGUCUCAACCUAGCACCCUUUGCCCAGGCAGGCGGGAAAAUGAUCACCUAUCACGGACUCGCGGACCAAUACAUACCCACCAACGUCUCGCGCAUCUAUUACGAUAAUCUCCUGGAACUGGAUCCGGACGCUGCUCACUACUACCGGUAUUAUCAAGUACCUGGCGUCGGGCAUUGUUCAGGCGGGGCGGGACCUGUGCCGAUCGAUACCAUCGACAAGCUGGUCAAUUGGGUUGAGCAUGGUGUCGCACCAGACGUGCUGGAAGGUCAAAGCUCUCCAAACGCCCAAGGCCUGGUUUAUAAUAGGCCGAUCUGUGUAUAUCCAGGCAGAGCGGUAUACAAAGGUCAGGGUGAUGUGACACAAGCUGGCAAUUGGGAAUGCAAGUGA